GCCAGGAAGGGGGCGAGCGAGCCAGCCAGUUCUCCGCCUCCGCCUCUGCCUUGCGGGUCCCGGGAUCGAACUCAGCUCUCCAGGAUCCGCGGCAGUCGCCUUUAGUUUCCGAGCCGUCUCGCCAGCUCCAGACAGACUUUUGACAAGCACGCUAGGCCCCGUCCCCCACGCACGGCGCUUCCGUCGUCGCCCUUAGACCUCCGUCGAGCGGAAGUGACGCCAGGCGGCCGCCGGAGGUUUCUCGAAGUGUUGUGAGACCCGGUCUGCGCUGAGAGGGGCCCGGACCCGAAGCGACUCCACGAUGUCGAUCGAAAUCGAGUCUUCCGAUGUGAUUCGUCUUAUCAUGCAGUACUUGAAGGAGAACAGUUUACAUCGGGCAUUGGCUACCUUACAGGAGGAGACUACUGUCUCUCUCAAUACUGUGGACAGCAUUGAAAGUUUCGUGGCUGAUAUUAAUAGUGGCCAUUGGGAUACUGUUUUGCAAGCUAUACAGUCUCUGAAAUUGCCAGACAAAACCCUUAUUGAUCUCUAUGAACAGGUUGUUUUGGAACUGAUAGAACUUCGUGAAUUGGGUGCUGCCAGGUCACUCCUGAGACAGACAGAUCCUAUGAUUAUGUUGAAGCAAACACAACCAGAGCGCUAUAUUCAUCUUGAAAACCUCUUGGCCAGGUCCUACUUUGAUCCUCGUGAGGCCUAUCCCGACGGAAGUAGCAAAGAGAAGAGGAGAGCAGCAAUUGCCCAGGCGCUAGCUGGGGAAGUCAGUGUGGUGCCUCCAUCUCGUCUCAUGGCAUUGCUGGGACAGGCGUUGAAGUGGCAGCAGCACCAGGGCUUGCUUCCCCCUGGGAUGACCAUAGACUUGUUUCGAGGUAAAGCCGCUGUCAAAGAUGUGGAGGAAGAAAAGUUUCCCACGCAACUGAGCAGGCACAUUAAGUUUGGUCAGAAAUCCCAUGUGGAGUGUGCUCGGUUCUCUCCAGAUGGCCAGUAUCUGGUCACCGGAUCUGUUGAUGGAUUUAUUGAAGUGUGGAACUUCACUACGGGAAAAAUCAGAAAGGAUCUAAAGUACCAGGCCCAGGAUAACUUCAUGAUGAUGGAUGAUGCUGUCCUCUGCAUGUGUUUCAGCAGAGACACUGAAAUGUUAGCGACAGGGGCCCAAGAUGGAAAGAUUAAGGUGUGGAAGAUUCAAAGUGGACAGUGUUUAAGAAGAUUUGAAAGGGCACAUAGUAAAGGUGUCACCUGUCUAAGCUUUUCUAAGGAUAGCAGUCAGAUCCUUAGUGCGUCUUUCGACCAAACAAUAAGAAUUCAUGGUUUAAAAUCUGGAAAAACCCUGAAGGAAUUUCGAGGUCAUUCCUCCUUUGUUAAUGAGGCAACGUUCACACAAGAUGGACAUUACAUUAUCAGUGCGUCUUCCGAUGGCACUGUGAAGAUCUGGAAUAUGAAGACUACAGAAUGUUCGAAUACCUUUAAGUCCCUGGGCAGCACUGCAGGGACAGAUAUCACCGUCAAUAGCGUGAUCCUCCUUCCUAAAAACCCAGAGCACUUUGUUGUGUGCAACCGAUCAAACACAGUGGUCAUCAUGAACAUGCAGGGGCAGAUUGUCAGAAGCUUCAGCUCUGGUAAAAGAGAAGGUGGUGACUUCGUUUGUUGCGCGCUCUCCCCACGGGGUGAGUGGAUCUACUGCGUCGGAGAGGACUUCGUGCUCUACUGUUUCAGCACAGUCACUGGCAAGCUGGAGAGAACGCUGACUGUGCAUGAGAAGGAUGUGAUUGGAAUCGCACACCACCCUCAUCAGAACCUGAUUGCCACCUACAGUGAGGAUGGGCUCUUGAAGCUCUGGAAACCCUGAGUCAUCGUUACAGUGCAGCCAGGGAGCAUGUACUUAAGGGGAGGAGUGUUCAUGUGGUUUUCAUGUCUGCCUUUGUAAGCAAAGAUAUUGUCUGAAUGAAGAAUACAUUUUUCAAAAUUUGUGUUUGUUUAAACAGUAGUUAUCUUUCAAAGCUUUUCUUUUGAGACAGAGUUUCUCUGUAAUCCUGGCUGUCCUGGAACUGCUCUGUAGAGCAGGAUGGCCUUGAACUCAGAGAUCUGCCUGCCUCUCAAGUGUUGGGACUACAGUGUGCCCAAUCACCACCCAGCUUCCAUGUAAAGCAUUUUAAAGGCAUUAGUUUAUUUGCUUCUAAUUGGGGCAGUCAUUUAUGUUUUCAUUAAUCUGCCAAAGGACUUGUUAUUUCUAAUAGAAAAACUUAUUUCAAAUGCUAAUUAAAACUCAUGUCCUAGCAUAAAAUGUGUAAAUAAGUCAUUUCCAUAUUCAGUAGCUGUGGUUUUUUAAAAAAAAAUUUAAUAAACUUAAUACCUUUCUGAAAA